GCAUUUUUCAUCGUGAAAUCAAAACGCCCUCCCGCAACGCGCAACGACAGGACGAACAGCAAGCAUUCGCCCAAAUUUCGUCCCCGGUGCCGGAUGUCGUUCGGUGGUUCCAGUGCAAUUCGGUCGUUGAACUAGCGCGGCGGGUGAACCGAUUUUACGGUGGGCGUCACGGAAUUUGUUUGCUGCCGGAUAACCGAGAUAAAACGAUAAACACUGACGAUCGGGACAAAAUUCGUUUGGUUCCUGUGAAACUGAAAUACGGAGGAGUUUGGAGUGCUUAUUGACUGACUAAAUUUUUUAGUAAUUGAACCACUUGAAAGGAUUUUAGUUUAAAUUUCGGCUAUAUUAUUCAAUAUAGCAAACAGGACAAGAAAUGGCUUUGGCUUGCGAAGAUUCGCGAAUGUCGCUGGAUGGCAGCGAUCUGUCAAACUUGUCACCAUGCAAGCCGAUCGCCACGAACAACAACAAAACAACUUCGGCACCAUCAACAGGAGACAAAAAAUUGCAACAGCCUUCGUCGCCGGGGUCAUCGCCGGAGCGUCGUCGGUUCCACGUCCCGGAGGAGCAGGCAAAGGAAGACAAACCGAAGGUUCACAUCGAGGUCACCCGUCUCAGUUGGAUCGAUAUCGUAGAAGAAGCGGAACAAGCCAGUUUGUCCAAAUCGCAACAUACCAAACCCAACAAGGAAGAAUCUAACGCCACCACAACAUCGGAACUGGUUGGGUCCGAGAGCAAAAUGUCCAUGGAUGACAGUAACAGCAAUAUGAGUAUGCGUUCUACCGGUUCCGGAAGGCAGAUUGAAAUCGACAUUCUCGACUCUGUCAACGUGGAAAAGUACGAAAAGCUGGUCCGCGACGAGAAGAUCAAGUCCCCCUUCAAGCGACGUCUGUCCGGUGACGAAGCCGAAGACGGUGAACUGAACGACGGCGGUAACGACGGGCAUGCCAAGUUUGUCGAAGCGGAGUGCGACGGACCUCAGCAGCCACAACAACAUAACCUGCACAAGAAGACCAAGAUGAAUGAGGAGGACCAUGGACGGGAACGCUUCCGGCGGGAGAGUUCGUCCAGCUCGUCGGGUGACGGCAGCAGUCAGAGCAGCCGGAAACCGAUGGAGUACGAGAAGGAUCUGUCCAUCUUGGAGCGGCGUCAGAAACAGAUCGAUUACGGAAAGAAUACGCUCGGUUAUGAGAAUUAUAUGAAGCAGGUACCAAGAGAUAAACGCACAAAAGAUCACCCAAAGACGCCCCCGAAGCACUUCAAAUACAGCCGACGAGCUUGGGAUGGACUGGUCAAAGUUUGGCGCAAGCAGUUGCAUUGCUUCGAUCCGGAUGCAAAACCGGACGCGGAUACCAAGUCGGACGCCUAAGGGAUGCCGAUUGGGUUUGCUCAUAUCGCAUAAAAUCCUGAGAACAUAUUUUAUGGAUUUUCUUUUCCUCGGAGUGGAGUGUGAAAUCUGAACGGGUCUGCUGGAUGUUGAAUCCAUCGCCAGGCAGCUAGUACCUUUGGGCUUGUGGCUCAUCUUCAGUGGAGGUUUCUGCCGAAAGGAAAGGCCAUUCAGUGUGUAAAAUAGUACCAAUAGAAAUCUUUGGGAAUCGUUAUUCCUGAUUCCUUUCAGAUCUUUAGCAGAUAAUUAUAACCUUUUGUAUUGUUAGUAAGCUAAGUGAUAUGUUUACGUGCGUCGAAUUCGCAAACAGUGUCUCUGCCCUAGUUAAUCAAUAAAGUGAACUAUUUGUAUUGAAAAUCAAA